ACUGGAACAAAGAUAAAAAGAACUCUCUUAUUUUUUUUUUUAAAAAGGGAAUCUUUUAUUGUAUUUUUCACUAGAAGCAAAAGGUAAAUAUAAACUGAAGUUUAGAUCAUUAUUCCUCUUAUCAAUGUGAUGGUCUGAUUUCUACUCUUAUAUUUCAUUUUUUUCCUUCACCCAACUCCCAGAUUUGGGAUCCUCCAAUCUAUUAUAUUGCCAAAGCGGAAGACAUGUUAAGAUUUAAACCCCAUAGUGGCCAGUUCAAUUUUUUUCUCACCUUUGCCUCGUCUGAAGAAAGUGUCUUCUUUAGGCCACUUUACAAUUUUAUUUUUACUUUUGGCCUGACACAGUUGGCAAAUGUGUUGGAAAGAGACAAUCUGUAAGAUGUCAUUCUUUUUUUUGUGCUAGGAUCCAACAAUAUUUGAUGAAGCCCAUGUUUGGCUCACAAAAAAUGUUUUUGGCAAACACUAUCUACUUUUACAAUAGCAUCAACGGAUCCUAUUGCCAAACCUACCACCACUAGUAAAAUAACUAAUAAAACUAAAAAUAACAAUGUAUUCACUAUUAUUGUUAAAAUGAAUCAAUAGUCACUUUUUAUUUGAGAAGACACUAUGUCUAACAAAAAUAACAUACUAGGCAGGCAAAGUAAAGUAUACUUAUCCCCGAAUUAUAAUUUAGAGAAAUUGUACUCCCUACACACCAUUUUUCCCCUAUUUACACUCCAUACCCUAUAUCCCUCCAAUUUUUUUCCCCCCAAUAUUACCAUUUUCCCCCCAUUCAAUGAUAUCCCACCUUUGUUAGUAUAUUUAGCUAAUUUACUCUAUAAUUUAAUAUAAUUUGCCCCCUACUUGGUCCCAUCUCAGUUCUUCUCUAUAAUAUCCCCACAUUUCAUUGCAUUUAUUCUCUUACAAAUAUUCUCACUCAGUCUGUAUCUCUUUCUCCUCCAAGUCUAAAUUGCUUAGCAGUGCGGCAAUGACCAACUCUUUUGUUCUUCUUCUAUUUUUCUUAACAUUCUUAGAACAUGGAUUGUUCUUUCAAAGGGUCUCCUCUCUUGGCAUAAACUACGGUCAAGUCGGUGACAAUCUUCCUCCACCAAACAAAGUUCUACAACUCUUGAGCUCACUCAAUAUUAACAAGACAAGAAUCUACGACACAAACCCUCAAGUCUUAACAUCAUUCGCCAAUUCCAACAUUGAGCUCUUCGUCACUGUCGAAAACGAAAUUCUUCCUAGCUUGGUCGACCCUCAAAAAGCUCUCCAGUGGGUCACGUCCCGUAUCAAACCCUACUUUCCCGCCACCAAGAUAGGGGGUAUUGCUGUCGGCAACGAACUAUACACCGACGAUGACUCAAGCCUCAUAGGGUAUCUUGUGCCUGCAAUGACGAGCAUUCAUGCUGCUCUGGUCCAAACUGGACUAGACAAGUACAUUCAAGUAUCGACUCCGAGUUCACUAUCACUCCUUCAAGAAUCUUACCCUCCCUCCGCCGGAUGUUUUAGGCCGCAAGUAGCCGGCGUAAUGAUGCAGCUUCUAAGUUUCUUGCGUAGCACGAAAUCCCCUUUUUGGAUCAAUGCUUACCCUUACUUCGCUUACAAGGAUUCCCCGACAAAGAUCCCACUAGACUACGUACUCUUCAACCCUAACCCUGGGAUGGUUGACCCCUACACCAAGUACCACUACGACAACAUGCUCUACGCUCAAGUAGACGCUGUGAUCUUCGCCAUGGCAAGGCUUGGCUUUAAAGAUAUCGAGGUUGGGGUCUCGGAGACUGGGUGGCCGUCUAAAGGCGACGGAGAUGAGAUUGGGGCCACCGUGGCCAACGCGGCAGUUUAUAACAAGAAUCUUCUAAAGAGACAGCUUCAUGGUGAAGGAACGCCAUUGAGACCAAACAUGAGUCUUGAUGUUUAUCUCUUUGCUCUCUUCAAUGAAGACCUUAAACCAGGACCAACGUCUGAGAGGAACUACGGACUGUAUCAGCCUGAUGAGACCAUGACUUACAAUGUAGGUUUAUUAUCAUCAUCAUCAACAUCAUCACAAUCAUCUACUUCAACUAAUUCUUUUAUGUCCAUCACCUCCUCUGCCUCCACGGAUAUAAAGGAGGGAAAUCAACGGCUGAUAUACUUGACAUGCGUUUAUUUGGUGGCCAUUCACAUGAUUAUUAGAAGACCGUACUAGAAGCAGAAACAAAAUCGCGAGUGCUUCUACGUGUAAAUAGAGAGAGAGAGAGAGAGAGAGAGAGUCCACUCAUGCGGUUCAUUUUUCAACGAGAAGAAUCAUAUUAUUUCCAAAAGUGUCUCAAAUUAUUCUUUGAAGAAAAACAAACAGAAAAUUUGUUCCCAGUGAUUAAUUAAUUAACUUGAGAAGGGGAGGCAGGACGCAAAGAGAAUCCAAUGUAUAAAAAGAAGCUGACGAAUGUUCAUAUAAUAAAUAUAUUGUUGUUAUUCAUA